AUGGCUAACUUUGUCGAAACCCGGCGCCUGGAGAGCCUGGACAAGGAUCGUCGGAUCUUCCAGUGGCUGAAGGAGAUGCCAGACCUGGAGAAGCUCGACCCGUACGUCCUAGAGCCGUGGCAGGAACUCUCCAUGGAGAAGCCGCACGAUUUUUCCCGCAAGCCGGAGCUGAUAGACAACAUGACGGGAGCGGGGCGGAAGCGGAAAUGGGUUGGCACUCAUGCCGAGAAGCGCAAGUAA